CCACCACCAACCGCCACUUCAACGGUGCCGCGGCGAGGCCACGCACGGCGGUCACCGCUUGCUGCCUCUCCGCCAUCUUCAUCAUCAUCAUCAUCAAAUUUGUUGUUAAAUCAAUAAAUAUUCCUUUACAGCUAUGGCCGACGAAGAGCAAAAGUGCGAAACAGUGUCAUUGUCAUUGUCAUCGUCAUCUUCUUCUUCUUCUCCGUUACCUGAGGAAGAGUUGCAGCAUAUGCCAUUAGCGCCGUUGGCGUGGAGUAACAAGAGGAGGCUAUCAAAACAGCUGUCGAUGUGCGAGAAGCCGAGAGACAUGGCUUGGGAGAGAAAGCGAAGACAAGAAAGAAGGAGGAGUAGUAUUGCUCAUGAAUGCGUUUGUGAUGAUAUAACUGAUGACGAUUUGCAUGAGCUUAAGGGAUGCAUUGAGCUUGGGUUUGGAUUCAAUGAAGAAGAUGGUCAGAAAUUGUGUAAUACAUUGCCUGCUCUUGAUCUUUAUUUUGCUGUUAAUAGAGGUUUGUCACCAAGCCCUGUUUCUACACCUCAGAGUCGUGCUUCUUCUCUUGGAGCACGUUCUUCUUCCUUUGGAAGCCCUAGAAGUGAUGCUGAUUCAUGGAAGAUUUGUAGCCCAGGUGAUGACCCUGAAUUGGUGAAGACCAAGUUAAGACAUUGGGCUCAAGCUGUUGCAUGUUCGGUAAUGCAAUCGUCUUAAAGUUGAACUCUUUUCUACAAAAGAUGAAUGUUGUUUAUAUGAACAAAGAAGUAAGAAAAGAAAAAAACAUGAAGAAGAAUAAAUGUACAGAAGCAGAAGAAGAGGGGCUCGGUUUGAAAUUCAUUCUGAGGCCUUUUUGGCUUCAACUUGGGUUAGAGGAAAAUGGUCUAACCAAAUUACCCCCUCAUUUUACUUACCUUUUCUCUUCAUAUAUAGUUUAAAUCUCAAAUUGUCUCUUGAUUUAGAAAUUUUUGAGCUGUGAAAUAUUGUUAGCAAAUAUUAUGGCCUAAUUUCCUCAACAUAUGGAAGAUUAAAUUUUAAGUAAUGUGUUACUCA